UAAUAUUAAAGUUGGCAAGUAAUUCAGGGGAGAUAGCCUUAAAACCAAAAUGGCGUAUUACCAAUAAUAAUAUUAUUGAAUAGCUCUAUAUCUAUAUGCUUGUUGUAAACCUUAAAUCUUACAUUUGAUGGCUGUGCAAGAUGUCUUUGGGAGAUCGACUUCUCCUGGCGGCCACAGUGACGGAUGUUCAUGAUGGAUUAUUUGUCUACCAAGCCUGCAAGUUUUGCUACAUCAAACUCUCUGACACAAGCUACGACAACACAUUCGUCUGUAAAAAGUGUAGCUGUAGGUUUGGUACUGAGGACACUUACUACAGGUACUGUUUACGCCUGACAGCAGCAGACAACUCUUGUCUGGCCAACAUUUCAGUAUUUGGAAGUCUCUUAGAUAAAUUCUUUGGAGUUUCAGGCUCAGAGUUUUAUUUAAGCCAUGUUUCGAAACUCAAAAGUAAAUAUGGAAGUAUUGCUGACUCCAUUUUAAAGAUUGCCAUUGAAACUGUCUUUGUUGGACAAAACCUAAUAUUUGGAUUUAAAAUUCCAAAGUUGUUUUUUUCUAGAAAAGACAAAAAUCAAGAAAUUUUACUUGAAGACAUUUGUCAAAGUGACAGGGCUGAGAGAAGUUGCCAGGUAGCUCUUCCUGAGUUGACAGCUGUGCAACUGCUGCCGCAGACUAAUUCUAUAAUAUCAUUGACAGUGGUAGAUAGUUUGGAAAAUUUGGCGAAGCGCGUUGAUGAGAUGGGAUAUUUACAACUCAAUGAUGUCAACUGCGAGAUCAUUAGGUCGUUAUGUAGACAGAACAAUGCAUAUUCUCCAGAGAAUAGCCUCCAGUUCAAACCAGGAGAUUGUUCUUUCACUGUAACACCGUACUGCAGUCAAGAAACUCUAAGACUCAGCUGUGAUGUUUCCUUGUCUAUGAUAGCUGAUGGCAAGUUACCUGAUCACACACCCCUAGCUAAGAAUAACACAGACAUUGGAUUAUCACCAGUAGUUGAAAUGAAACCUGCCAACCCUGAAAUGAAAGCUAUAAAAGAAAAAUCAAAUAACUUCAAGAAUGUCUUGAAUAUUAACUCUAAAUGUCUUAGCAUUAAGAGAAAUAACAGUGUUGACAACAAAUGUCUUAGCACCAAGAGAAGUGAUUGCAUUGAAAGUAAAUGCUAUAGUACCAAGAAGGAAAACCCAUUUGACACUAAAUGUAGUAAUAGUUGUAUAAGUUUGGUUAGUAGUGUUGCACCUAAAUCUUUGAAAACUUCAUUUAGUCAGCCUAGUUCUUUAUGCAGCCAGUCAAGAAAUAGAAAUGAGCCACUUAGAACUAAUAGAACAGUAAGUACACAGAACAGCCUCUUGAAUAGAAAUGUGCGACUUAGAACUAAUAUAACAGUUAGUUCACAAAGCAGCCAGUUGAGGUCUGCUGAUAAUUUUCGAAGAUCUCCUAGAGCUCUUAAAAAUAAAAGUUUACAUCUGUUAAACAAAGAAAAUGUUAAUCAAUCAAAGGGAAGCAACUCUUCGUGGUGUGUUCUCAAAUACAAUAAAGAAAAGAAUAUGAAACAAAAUGACUUGGAACCAAAACGCAAAGGUCAGUUGAGUUUAAAAACAAAAAAAAAGCCACUUUCAUCUUUGUUGACACAUGAACAGUCACAUCCAGAAGUGGCCAAAGGCACAAUUUUAAAUUGCCAGAGUUCUCUUCUCUUUGAAUCUCAGUAUAAUCUGGCUGAUAGAAACAGACUAACCAGGUCAUGUGACCUAAAAGAAGAUGGCCUUGCCCCACAUUCAUCAGUUAGUUUUGCUUCAUCUUCAAAGGAUGCUUAUGGUAUGGAGCAUAUGCCAGAAUCUGAGGACCUUGAACUAUUUUUAGCUGCUAUGAACUCAGAAGCAAUGCCAGGUGUGGACCUUGUAACACAGAAGUAUGAUGAGAAAUAUAUCAGUCAAACUUUUACUGACAAUUUAAAGGAGGUAGAUUAUAAAUGUGCUUCGAAUGUUGCUAAUGAUAUGUCUAAUGACAGAUUGAGCUCCAGCAAUGACGAGAUGGCUACUCACAAUCAAAGUUUCCCUAUGACUGAUGAAUAUGCUUCAGCUAUUUCUUUCAAUGUCACAUUAAGACGUUCUCAGAAAAGGAAACAUGACAGCCAAAUUUUACAGUCCUUCAACACCACAGACUAUGUGCUACCUACUGAGCCACCUGAAUCUGAGGAUGUCUGGCAGUUUUUAGAGAGAUUCCCAACUUCUUUGAAUAAUUCCCAAGGCAUCUCCCAGAACAAUCAUUUAGAGAGAUUCCCAACUUCCUUGAAUAAUUCCCUAAACAUCUCCAAGAACAAUCAAAAUACUUAUUUAGAUGACCGGCACAAUGUUGUCAAUACAGAAAUCUUGCUUUCUGCAACAGUGGAUAAACAUUCUGAAGAUCUUUUUACUGAGUCUCCCAGAUUAAAUCAGACACAAGUUAUUGAUAAAAAUUGUUCAUUUGAAACUAUGUUACAUACUAGCUCCACACAGUUAAAUCAUGAGUCAAGAAAUUUUGUCGGGGAAGAAUUAAACAUAAAGAAUCACCACAAAAGUUCAAUUGCAGAAAAAAGUUCAGAUGACAGUAGCAAGUUUCUCAAGUCUUCUAAUGAAACUAAAAGUCAAGCAACCAGCACAGAUCUUGAUCAUUUGAAUUGCAAUGUAAGUUGUGGUACAAAGAGCUUGCAUGAAAGUAAAAACUUGAAUGGACUAUUAACGGGUCAAAACACAAAUAUUGUGAACGAGACUCUGUUGUCUGACGUGCAAGAUCUGACUGACAAUUCACAACUCAGUGCUAUCAAUUCAUUGACAGAUUACAGUGUAUUGUCAACGGCUGAAACCGAAAGUAUUUUAUCAGACUCUCUUAUGAAUAAGACAGAAGAGCUUGAUCCAUCAAAAGAAAUGCCUGAUCUGAAUACUAAAAAGUUCUCUCUUAAAAAAGUGAGAUUCUCGUCUAUUCGAAGAGAGUCUCAUUUUUGUAGUUCUGAUUUAGUUCAAACAACUGUGAUACCAGCGGCAUACAAACCUCUGAAGUCUUGUUUAAAAUUUCAAAGAGUUAGCCUUGAAACAUGCAAUGAUCAUGUCACUGGUGAUUUAUCUACAAGUCCCCUAGCUUCACAAGACUUGUUCACUCAGAACAGUGAUCUAGUCGGUAGAAGCUCGUGGACUUCCAUCCCAUCAUGCAAUGACUCUGCUGAUCUUUUCUCCCCCUGCUCCACACCCAAUGAUUCGGUUUGUAAACUACCGCUGACACCUGGUUCUUGUAACCGGUUUAAUGUUUCCCAUGGUCCUAGGGAUGAUAGAAGCACUGCGGUGGAUAGAAAUGAUUAUUCACUGGAGCUAUUUUCUCAAUCUCCCAUUUUUAUCAACAAUAAUUCUGUCUAUAUAGCGCCAGCCCAUGAGGCGUGUAGCACACCUAUCUAUAUGGACAAUAAUUGUGGGUCUAGAACUCCAGCCCAGGGUUGCAUGACACCAGACUUGUUUGACUAAAUAGAUUUUAUGUUCACAUAGUUUCUGUAGCUGUUUGUUAUAUCUUUAAAUAUUUCCUUUUAAUGAAAUUAUCUUUAUUUUAAAUUGUAUAUUAGUCAUGGCAAGUUAGUUUAAAUGCAUGUACUGAAAUUUAAAUUAAAUAAUGUUGUUGUGAUUGUGUUUGUAUAUAGUAUUGUAUUGUAAACAACACUUGAUAGAAUCUUGGGUGUAAGAUUUAAGGAAUUUUAUGUUUAUUUAUUACCCGGUACUAUUUUAUUGGUCCAAUGAUUGGGACAGAGUGACAGCGCUUGGAGUUUGUUAUUUUUGUCAGAGGCCUGAGUUUGGAGCCUAGUCAUACAGUAUAAGUAACAUAGAAGUCAGUUUUCAUAAUUAUGUAUAUUUAAUAGUUAACAUUUGAUGCAUUGCCUACAACUACAGUUAUCCUGAUUACUUUUAUUAAAGUUAUAUUUUGUUGUUAAUUCA